UACCGCAUCUCUAUCAAUUUUGACAUCGACUUAACUUGGGAGUACAUGUCUACAUGAGAUGCUAUACGGGCGAAUACAACUUUAAUAUACCUUGACAUUGGAAAUUAUACUUUAAUGUGCCGAAUAUGCGUUCAUAGGCUUCACGCAAUACCAAAUAAUGAGUGAGGAUAUCCAUUCAGUAAUAUAUCUGAAAAUGAAUCUGAUUAUUCGUAUGUUUAUACUUUUCAUCGCUUCACCGGUCGAUUCAACUGAUAACAUCGACGUUUGCCCAACUUUUUGCGACUGCACCAAAUGGGACAGUACGAAAACAGUGUCAUGCUUCGAAAUUGACGUCCUACCUGCAUUCCAUCCCAGCACUAAAGAGUUGUGGCUUGUGGAGACAAGACUGACCUCCAUAUCUCAGGAUGCCUUCGCCAACUUGAUCAACAUCUCUCACAUUUACAUCUCAGAUGAUGAAAGUCUGAGGAGUCUGGAGAGACAUUCCUUUCACAAGCUGCCCAAGGCUAUUCACAUAGAAAUAAGGAGUAUCAGGAGCCUGUCUUACAUUGACCCAGAGGCAUUCAAGGACCUCACAAACUUAAAGUACCUGGGUAUCUUCAACACCGGCCUGCCAUCCUUCCCUGCUCUGGGACAGAUCCGUUCCAGCCAGGACGACUUCAUCUUGGAAAUUGUGGAUAACCUCUUCAUCAGAGAUAUUCCUGCCAACUCAUUCAAUGGGAUCUCAGAGAAUGAAAUCACCCUGAUGUUGAACAGCAACGGUCUGACGGACAUCCAUCCCUAUGCCUUCAAUGGAACCAGACUGGAGGAAGUGUACCUCUAUAGAAAUGUGGAUCUGGUGCGGUUAGACGAGAAGACAUUUUCUGGCGUGAUCAGCGGGCCAACUCUUCUAGACAUUUCCGAAUCAAGGGUGAACUCCUUACCCACAAUGGGUCUGGAGGCUGUUCAGAAACUGAAAGCUAAAAACACUUGGGCCCUCAAGAAACUACCCCCCCUGAGGGCCUUCCAGCAUCUGCAGAGUGCUGAGCUCACCUACCCCAGUCACUGCUGUGGACUGAGCAAAGUGAAGAGGAGGAGAGGACACGUGGAGUCCGUCAUUUGCAACCUGACCAGCUCUACAAGACGACAGCGAUCAACUAGGCCCUCUGGAAACCCCUCUGAGGCCUACGAGAGGCAGCACCCCGAACACCCUCAUCCCACCAGCAGCAACCCCUCCCUCCGAGACAGCCAGCACCAUCAUCCCACCAGAAGCAGCCCCUCCCACCGAGACACCCAGCACCUCCAUCCCACCAGCAGCAACCUCUCCCCCCGAGACCCCCAGCACCAUCAUCCCACCAGAAGUAGCCCCUCCCCCCGAGAUCCCCAGCACCAUCAUCCCACCAGCAGCAGCCCCUCCCCCCGAGACCCCCAGCACCUCCAUCCCACCAGCAGCAGUCCCUACCCCUACGACUACCAGUACUACUACGAUAACUACAGCUGUCCCCCCUCCGGUAAGUGCUUCUACAUAGUGUUCCCUACGGAGGGCCCAGACGAAGGCUUUGACUACACCGUGUGCGAUGAUGACAGGGAGGACCAGGGGGUCCCCUGCACCCCUCUGCCCGAUGCCUUCAACCCCUGUGAGGACGUGAUGAGCCUGGGCUUCCUGCGGGUGUCUGUUUGGCUGGUUAGCUUGCUAGCCGUUCUGGCUAACCUCUUGGUCCUGUUCAUCCUGCUGACCAGCCACUACAAACUGACCAUCACCCGCUUCCUCCUGUGCAACCUGGCCAUGGCAGAUCUCUUCAUGGGCGUGUACCUCUUGCUCAUCGCGUCUGUGGACCUCUACACGCGCUCCCAGUACCACCACUACGCCAUUGACUGGCAGACUGGUGCCGGAUGCCAACUGGCUGGGGUGCUCACAGUGUUCGCCAGCGAGCUGUCAGUCUACACGCUGACCGCCAUUACUCUUCAGCGCUGGCACGCCAUCACCUUCGCCAUGAGGCCCGAGAAGAAAGUGCGACUACGCCACAUAGUGGUGCUAAUGCUAGCCGGAUGGCUGCUGUGCCUGGUGUUAGCUGUGCUACCGCUAGCUGGCGUUAGCAGCUACCAGAGGGUUAGCAUCUGCUUGCCCAUGGACACAAACUCAACCGCGGCCAUGGUCUACGUGGUCACCCUGCUAAUGCUGAACGUGCUCGCAUUCGUGUUGGUGAGCGUGUGCUACGUACACAUCUACUGCAUGGUGCACAACCCACAGCACCCGUCGAGUCGAGGGGACGCCAGCAUGGCCAAACGCAUGGCCGUGCUUAUCUUCACCAAUUUCCUGUGUCUGGCACCCAUCUCCUUCUAUGGCCUGUCUGCUGCGCUGCACCACCCACUCAUCACUGUCACCGACUCCAAGGUGCUGCUGGUGCUAUUUUACCCUUUGAACUCGUGUGCCAACCCCUUCCUGUACGGUAUCCUGACGCGAGCCUUCCACGGGGACGUUCUGAUUCUGCUGAGCCGCUUGGGGCUGUGUCAACGUCAGGCCCAGCUCUUCCGAGGAGCGCAGUCCGACGUGGGCAGCCCCGCUGGGGGCAAGAUGCGCCAAGGGGUUCCCUGUCUUGGUGCCCACAUACCCCAGAUCCUGGAGCUCCGCAAGAGGCAGAGACCGUAAAGACACCAAGGAGCAGGUCAUCGAACUGCAGGGUCCCAACGUGAUGCCAAGCACCAGGGAGAAUUACAACCACCAGCUGAGAGGCUGGAUUUUGUUGGUUCUCCAGUUGAAUGCUGGUUCCCGUACCUUUCAGACAGACCAAACCAUGUUUCAGGUCCCAAUUAAGGGCUGGAUUCAAUCCAUAUUGCGGAAGUAUCAAGGAAGGUCUGCUAUCAAAUGUAAAGGUCAUUUUUGUAUGAGCCGACAUAUGCAGCGUUUAUAGUGAAUGCAGUCUCUGUGAACGCGGGAACGUUGCCUUUAAAUUUCAAUGUUUAUCUUCCGCAAUACGGAUUGAAUUGAGCCCUUAGUCUUGAUCCGUGAUCCAAGCUUGACUGGUCAUGAUGACCAACCAGGAAUUGGACAUGGAAUGGAAAUGCCCCAACUAGAGGUGUGUAGUAGAGAACCAACUAGAGGUGUGUAGUAGAGACCCAACUAGAGGUGUGUAGUAGAGAACCAACUAGUGGUGUGUAGUAGAGAAUCAGAGUGUAUCCUUGGACUGUCUGAGUGUGUUAGAUAUUGUGUUUUUGCAGGGGCUUUACGGGGGCUCUUUUAACACGUGGAAUUUGAAUUGUGUGCCCUCAUAAUUUACAUGGAUGAAAUUGACAGCAACGCUAUAUGCUUCUGUUGGGCUGAACCUGCAGAGUCUGUGUAUGCGCUUUAGAACUUUUUAAUUAUAGCCUAUGCCCAGGCUUUUUUCCCGGUUUUGUUUUACAAUUUUUGACAUGUUAAAUAUUGGCCACUAUCGGGAGCCACCCUCAGUAAUACCCACAUACAUUUAUAACGGUCACUUUACAUUUACAUUUACAUUUAAGUCAUUUAGCAGACGCUCUUAUCAAGAGUGACUUACAGUUAGUGCAUUCAUCUUAAGAUAGCUAGGUGGGACAACCACAUACAUAUCACAGGCAUAGGAAUUACAUUUUUACUCAAUAACGUAGCUGUCAGUAGAGUCAGAGCUAGAAGGUCUUGUAGUGGAUAUGAGCUUCGACUGGAAGCCAGUGAAGUGUGCGGAGGAGCAGGGUGACAUGAGAGAACUUGAGAAAGUUGAAAACCAGGGGUUUGAUGGCACAAGCAGGGAUCCAGCCAAAAGUGAGUUGCAGUAGUCCAGACGGGAUAUGACAAGUGCCUGGAUUAGGACCUGCGCCACUUCCUGUCUGAGGUAGGGUCGUACUCUACGGAUGUUGUAGAGCAUGAACCUGCAGGAGUGAGUCACUGCUUUGAUGUUUUACAGAGAACGACACGGUGUUGUCCAGGGUCAGGCCAAGGUUCUUUGCACUCUGGGAGGGUGACACUGGAGUUGUCUACCGGGAUGGAGAGGUCUUCUUCAAUUUGUACCUUACAUUUAGCAUCAUUCCUUUAACCUUUCUUUCCUCUGUCACGUCCGUGUCGUUGUUCCUGAGGGUCACUAGCAUUAGUGGAUUAUAUUAGGCUAACGUUGUGUAGUAAUUUAGGACACGUAGCCCAUUUUGGAUCAGUAUGGAACUCAGACCACCACAUAGCAGGUUAAACCUGGAACCUGGCUAACGGUUCACAACGACUGGAGCGUUGCCGUACAGUUCCAUGAUUGGUGAGAAUUAGGGUAGAUUUAUAGGACUAUUGUUCAACCCCUAUUUACAUUUUUUACCCACCUUCCAAUAUUAUAUGGAUUGAAUUUGAAUAUGAUAACUUUCAGGAUGAAUCAAACCCCUGUAUUUAUAUUUUUUGCGUAAUAUAUUUCUUGCGUAAAUGAUCUCAAAACCAGUUUUAUUUCAUGAAUCUUACAUACUAUCCUAACCCUAAAAUGUCCCUAAAUAAUCCUACAAAAUCAGAGUAUCUACGGAGACGAAUAUGCAUAGAUGGCAUUCUUUCAUUGAUCCCUAUUUUCUGAACCCAUUCUCCCCCAAAAUGUUGUGUGUGUUGACAAAAGUCAAAUUAAAAGGUAUACCGUAUUUAAAGGGAUGGCUUAAAAUAAAUGUACUGAAAUCCCUACUGAAUGAAAACUCCAAAAUCUGUUGGCCAGCAAGUGGGAUGGUUUUCAGCAGUUCAAUUCCAUUUAUUCAGCAUGGAAAAUGGAACCACGCCUGCAAAACCUGUUAUGUACCUUCAUAAGGUAAGUCUCAAUACAAACUACUGAGAAGUGCAUAAGACAUUUCCCAAGUCCCAAUCAGGCACUUUAUGAACACAGGUGAGAACGUGAGGUUCAAAACUCAUAUCCCCCCCCAAGACAUGUGUUUGUAUGGUCUUUAUUCUAUACAAGACAUGUGUUUUGUAUGGUCUUUAUUCUAUACAAGACAUGUGUUUUGUAUGGUCUUUAUUCUGUACAAGACAUGUGUUUUGUAUGGUCUUUAUUCUAUACAAGACAUGUGUUUUGUAUGGUCUUUAUUCUGUACAAGACGUGUUUUGUAUGGUCUUUAUUCUAUACAAGAGCGAGGUAAUGUUGAUUACCAUCACUGUGUAGCAUGCAUACAUCUGCAUUCAGUGCAUAGUAAGUAAUGCCUAACUUGGCUCACUCGUACUAUAUGGUAUCACACUCAGAUACACAUAUCAGCGGCGCCAUCUAUUGGCUUGGCAACAUCUCAUAACGUCUUCCUUCACACAACAAAUGAAGAUAACUCCUCCUCAUAGACUCAUAAAGAGGAGAACUGGGGUUAGAUCCUUGCCAGUGAAAACAUUACACUGUUAACAAAAACAUAACUGUGUUCUUAUUUAAAGUACUUUCAACUUUAAAGUCAAUAAGUAGGCUUCCCUCUUACAAAAAAAUAAAAUUCUCUAUAUAUAGAAUCUUUUAGAUUAAACAACAGUCUCUGGAGUAUCUCACAGGCAGCCUGAUAUUUGCCCUGGUGCUGGUGUGUCUCACAGGCAGCCUGAUAUUUGCCCUGGUGCUGGUGUGUCUCAAGUACACUACCAUUCAAAAGUUUGGGGUCACUUAGAAAUGUCCUUGUUUUCGAAAGAAGGGCAAACAUUUUUGUCCAUUAAAAUAAUAUAAAAUUUAUCAGAAAUACAGCAUAGACAUUGUUAAUGUUGUAAAUGACUAUUGUAGCUGGAAACUGGAAUGGAAUAUCUACAUAGGCGUACAGAGGCCCGUUAUCAGCAACCAUCACUCCUGUGUUCCAAUGGCAUGUUGUGUUAGCUAAUCCAAGUUUAUAAUUUCAAAAGGCUAAUUGAUCAUUAGAAAACCCUUUUGCAAUUAUGUUAGCACAGCUGAAAACUGUUGUUCUGAUUUUAAAGAAGCAAUAAAACUGUCCUUCUUUAGACUAGUUGAGUAUCUGGAGCAUCAGCAUUUGUGGGUUCGAUUACAGGCUCAAAAUGAUGACCUCAGCGGAUGUGGUGCUUGGGGUGUCGACGUGAUGUAACACAUGGCUGUGGUUCACAUGUAGGCUGAGCUGUUCACACGUGUCAGGUGACAGCAGAGGAAGCUGGGAUGUCUCCAUGACCUGACAUUUGAUAUGAAACAUUUUUUCCAUCAUGAUCUGCUUUGAGAUUACAUUCUCCUGUUGGCUUUAUCAGUGUGCCGUCAUAAAGCUUGAAUGUAGCUUUGCUGGGUUGGAGAACUGGAUUGUCGUCUUGCAUGACUCGCUGUACAGUAGGUCUCCAUAGCUUAUGACAUUCACUUUUGAUCCUGUGUCUAGUUGACAUUUAAUUGUAUGGCUGGGGUCAUAUGUCAAUGGCUCAUCACUGAGUGGAGCUAGCUUAAGGUUAAUAAAAUAAAAAAAUGUUUUGCCUGGUCUCUCACAGAAUUAACCUGUGAGAUGUAUCACAUUAUUGUUCAACCUUCUAUUGCAUCUGUUGUUUGGUCAUCUGACUCAUUGUCUUCCUCUACAUCAGUGGUUCCCAAACGUUUUAUAGUCCCGUAACCCUUCAAACAUUCAACCUCCAGCUGCGUACCCCCUCUAGCACCAGAGUCAGUGCACUCUCAAAUGAUGUUUUUUGGCAUCAUUGUAAGCCUGCCUCGCACACACUAUACGAUACGUUUGUGUGAGUUUUUGAGUGUGAGUUUUUGUCACAACCCGGCUCGUGAGAAGUGACAAAGAGCUCUUAUAGGACCAGAGCAUAAAUAAUAAUAAUAAUCAAUCAUUUUGCCCUUUAUUUAACCCUCUUACAUAUAAAACCUUAUUUGUUCAUCGAACAUUGUGAAUAUCUCACCACAGGUUAAUGAGAAGGGUGUGCUUGAAAGGAUGCACAUAACUCUGAAAUAUUGGGUUGUAUUGGAGAGAGUCUCAGUCUUAAAUCAUUUCCCACACACUGUCUGUGCCUGUAUUUCGUUUUCAUGCUAGUGAGGGCUGAGAAUCCACUCUCAAAGGGCAACAGUGUCUUAACAGCGCGAUUUGCUAAGGCAAGAAACUCUGAGCGCAGCCCAAUCCAGGAAAAUGGCAGUGGCUUCUGAUUAAAUUACAUUUUCACAGAACCGCUUGUUGCAAUUUUGAUGAGGCUCUCUUGUUCAGAUAUCGGUAAGUGGACUGGAGGCAGGGCAUGAAAGGGAUUAUGAAUCCCGUUGAUUGUAUCGUCCGUUUCGGGAAAGUACCUGCGUAAUUGCGCACCCAACUCACUCAGGUUCUUUCCUAUAUCACAUUUGACAUUGUCGGUAAGCUUGAGUUCAUUUGCACAUAAAAUAUCAUACAAUGAUGGAAAGACCUGUGUGUUGUCCUUGUUAAUGCAGACAAAAAAGAGCUCCAACUUCUUAAUCAUAGCCUCAAUUUUGUCCCACACGUUGAAUAUAGUUGCGGAGAGUCCCUGUAAUCCUAGAUUCCGAUCAUUCAGGUGAGAAAAAACAUCAGCCAGAUAGGCCAGUCGUGUGAGAAACUCAUCAUACAAGCGGUCAGACAAGUGAAAAUUAUGGUCAGUAAAGAAAACUUUAAUCUUGUCUCUCAAUUAAAAAGAAAUGUGUUAAUACUUUGACCCUUGAUAACCAGCACACUUCUGUGAAGCUGGAGACUCAUAUCUCCCUCACUUGCUUUAUGCACCAGCUGUCAGAGCAGCUCACAGAUCACUGCACCUGUACAUAGCCCAUCCAACUACCUCAUCCCCAUACUGUAUUUAUUUAUUUAUCUUGCUCCUUGGCACCCCAGUAUCUCUACUUGUACAUUCAUCUUCUGCACAUAUAUCACUCCAGUGUUUAUUUUGCUAUAUUGUAGUUACUUCGCCACUACGACCUAUUUAUUGCCUUACCUCCCUUAUCUUACCUCAUUUGCACACACUGUAUAUAGACUUUUUCUACUGUAUUAUUGACUGUAUGUUUGUUUAUUCCAUGUGUAACUCUGUGUUGUUGAAUGUGUCUAACUACUUUGCUUUAUCUUGGCCAGGUCGAAGUUGUAAAUGAUAACUUGUUCUCAACUAGCCUACCUGGUAAAAUAAAGGUGAAAUAAAAUAUAAAAAAUGUUGUAAAAACGUUA